AUGUUUUUCGAAAUCGCCAAGACUCUCACCCUCGCACUCGCCAUUACAGCGCCUGUUAUUGCAAAGAAGGUGCAUCCCUCCGCCUUUGCAGCAUCUAAGGCCAUUGAUGUUGCCGCAAUAUCGUCUGCGUCUGAAAAAGUUAAGCAAGUUCCAGCACACGCCACUUAUCCUAUGUCAAUCAAGGAUUUCAAGGAUAAAUCGACGAUCCACAGUGACUGGGCAUCUUUCGCAGAAGGAGCUGCAUUUGUAUUCAGAGCCGACAUGGAUACCGACUGUGACGGUGUGAACUACAAAUGUGACGGCAACGUCGAUGGCGGGCCCUUAACCAACUGGGGUGCGCUUUCUGCCUUUGAAGUCCCCUAUAUUGUCAUCCCCCAAGCAUUCCUAGAAGCCAACCCGACGGCUAUUCCCGGUCAAAACGUUGCUGCUGUGAUCUGCAAUAACAAAAUGUUCUACGCCGUCCUUGGGGACACAAACGGCAACAACCCGCAAGUGACGGGUGAGGCAUCCUGGCUCCUUGCCCGUUCUUGCUUCCCUGAGAACAACCUUAAUGGUAACAGGGGUCACGACAAAGCCGACGUAAUCUACAUCCUGUUUACUGGCCCAGAGGCUGUCUUUCCUCCUUCCGCCAUUAAUGAACACUACAUCACCGAUUUUAGUAAGCUCCGGUCGAUGGGCAACCGCCUCACAGCUUCCCUCAUGAAAAACCUGGGCAUUAAACCCCUCGGCGCCUCAGGUUUGUCACCGCCAAAGGACGACAAUCUUCAUGCUGGAAAUCACGACGACAUUCCCAUUCUCCCCGACAUUCCCCAAGAGAAUGGCGACGUUCCCAACGACAACCAGGGCAGCACCGAUACCGGGUCCGAUGACAACGACGAUAUUGACUCUGCUGCAUCAGGUGGUGCAACUCCGGAAAUUUUGGCACUGUUUGUUGCAGUGUUGGUGAUGGUCAUUUAUGUAUGAUUUGAUUUGAAUUUAACUUAUCAGUAUUCUCAUGUUUAAACUAGCAAUUGCGUUCGCUUUUUUCUCUUUUCUCUUCUCAAAUAUGUAUUUAUCCCGCAAGGAGGACUUUCGCAUUUUGUCCAUGGUUAUUCCGUAUCCCGAGUUCCUCAGAGACGGCAGAUUGUUUACUGUUCCUUUCUGUUUGCGGAGUGUAAUGCUGUUUUGACUUGCGGUUUGGUUGGAAGUUGCGAUUAAAGCAUUUGGAGCAUAUAUUCUGCUAUAUUCAUAGGCCUAUGGUGUUGGCUUCUCGGCAUUUGUGUUUAGAUCGCUCUGAAACAACAUUUUUUCGAUGACUGCUUUUCCUUGUACACCGGUCUCGAUCCCUCGUCUGUAGACUUGCUGUUUAUUGAGCCUAGAUAAUCCCUUCUGCCAUUUAAUAGUGACUG